AGUGACAGAGAGAGAGAAACAGAGGCAGAGCCGCACACACAUACACACCGCUGCGAUCAGCGAGUCCUACCGUACUGACAGUCCACAUCUUACCCUGCGGACUCUAACGGCGGAGCCCUUCAGAUAUGGCGGGGCUUCGUUGAGAGAGACACAAAAUCUCCGUGCGCUAUCGUUCAGCUCGUUUUUGGACGCGCGUCUCCCCAGCCCUCCAUAUGCACCGCUGCGGCGCGGAGAAACGGGAGCAGCGCUGAAAGAGUCGGCGGAGAAAGCAGAAGAAAGAGGACGAGAGUGAUAUCCCCCCGUGAACGGACAAUGGCGGAUCGCGAUGCGCUGCCCCUUCCGUUGGAAGUGCGGGCCAGAUUGGCAGAGCUGGAGCUGGAGUUAUCCGAAGGUGACAUCACUCAGAAAGGUUACGAGAAAAAGAGGGCGAAACUGCUCGGGGCGUAUCUGCCACAGCCUCCAGGGUUGGAGGCGUCCAUGGCCCACGAACGCCGGCUACCCAUGGCUCCGUCCUGUGCAUCACGAUACCACCGCAGACGAUCCUCGGGCACCCGUGAUGAACGUUACCGAUCAGAUGUGCACACAGAAGCAGUACAGGCAGCGCUAGCCAAACACAAAGAGAGGAAGAUGGCGGUUCCCAUGCCAUCCAAACGCCGUUCUCUAGUGGUACAGACCUCGAUGGAUGCCUACACCCCCCCAGGCCUCUCCCCCCUCUCCUCUCUGCCCCCCCUGACAGACACCUCGUCCGGCUCGGAGGAGGAGGGCGGCCAGGGUGAGGGAACCCCCACCUCCAGCCAGGGCAGCGUCAGCAUGGAGCACUGGAUCAGCCGGGCCAUCCAUCAAGGUUCCACCACCUCCUCCUCCUCGUCUUCGACGCAGAGUGGGGGCAGCGGAGCCGCUGGACGCCUGGCUGACGUCCUGGCUCAAACGCAUGUCGGCAAAUCAGGGCCGAUCGCUCACCUCUCGUUGAAGAGGAAAACUAUGCUCGGCGUAGCGGAGAACGGAAACUCGCUGCGGCGCUCCUGUGAGUUCGGAUCCGAUCUUCUUUGGCCGCCACCCUUGGAGUCGGAUGAGAAUCAUUCGGCUCCUCCAGACGUCACCACUUACACCUCAGAACAUCCCGUUCAGGUGGCGAGGGCGCAGGUGUCCACCGUGCCCAGAACCACGCCCAAAUAUGGCAACGCUGAACUGAUGGAGACUGGAGAUGGCGUUCCUGUGAGCAGUCGCGUUUCGGCCAAAAUCCAGCAGCUUGUGAACACGCUGAAGCAGCCCAGGCGACCACCGCUCCGAGAGUUUUUCGUUGAUGAUUUCGAGGAGCUCCUAGAAGUCCAGCAGCCUGACCCUAACCAGCCGCGGCCGGAGGGCGCUCAGAUGGUCACCAGUCGAGGGGAGCCACUGGGAGUGGUCACUAAUUGGCCGCCAUCUUUGGAAGCUGCGCUGCAACGUUGGGGGACCAUCUCGCCCAAAGCACCUUGCCUGACCACCAUGGACACCAAUGGCAAACCCCUAUACGUCCUUACCUACGGGAAACUUUGGUCUCGGAGCAUGAAAGUAGCCUACAACAUUCUCCACAAACUGGGCACCAAGCAGGAGCCCAUGCUCCGGCCGGGAGACCGGGUGGCGCUUGUGUUCCCCAACAACGAUCCAGCCGCCUUUAUGGUCGCCUUCUAUGGCUGUCUGCUGGCAGAGGUGGUGCCCGUACCCAUUGAAGUGCCACUUACCAGAAAGGAUGCAGGCAGUCAACAGAUCGGCUUUCUUCUGGGCAGCUGUGGGGUAACUGUGGGUCUGACCAGUGACGCCUGCCACAAAGGCCUUCCAAAGGGACCCACCGGGGAAAUUCCACAGUUCAAAGGAUGGCCGAAGCUGCUUUGGUUUGUCACGGAAUCCAAACACCUGUCCAAGCCGCCACGCGAUUGGUUCCCUCACAUCAAAGAUGCAAAUAAUGACACAGCCUACAUAGAGUACAAGACCUGUAAGGAUGGGAGUGUUUUGGGUGUGACGGUGACACGGAUCGCACUUCUUACACAUUGCCAAGCUCUGACACAGUCUUGUGGAUACACAGAAGCUGAAAUCAUAGUGAAUGUAUUGGAUUUUAAAAAGGAUGUGGGCUUGUGGCACGGCAUCCUAACAAGCGUCAUGAACAUGAUGCAUGUGAUCAGCAUUCCCUACUCCCUGAUGAAGGUCAAUCCUCUGUCCUGGAUCCAGAAAGUGUGUCAAUAUAAAGCUAAAGUGGCCUGUGUGAAAUCCAGAGACAUGCACUGGGCUCUGGUCGCUCACCGAGAUCAGAGGGACAUCAACCUGGGGUCUCUGCGCAUGCUGGUGAUCGCAGACGGAUCCAACCCAUGGUCCAUCUCAUCAUGUGAUGCGUUCCUCAAUGUCUUCCAGAGCAAAGGUCUGCGGCCGGAAGUCAUCUGUCCGUGUGCUAGCUCAGCCGAAGCCCUCACUGUGGCUAUCAGGAGGCCCACUGAUGACAGCAACCAGCCACCGGGUCGAGGGGUUCUCUCCAUGCAGGGAUUGAGCUACGGUGUGAUCCGAGUGGAUUCGGAGGAGCGCUUGUCUGUACUGACCGUGCAGGAUGUGGGCACCGUCAUGCCAGGAGCUCUCAUGUGUGUGGUCAAACCAGAGGGAGUUCCUCAGCUGUGCCGAACAGAUGAGAUCGGAGAGCUGUGCGUGUGUUCCAUCGCCACGGGAAUGUCGUAUUACGGGCUGUCGGGCAUGACAAAAAACACCUUUGAGGUGUUCCCCAUGAGCAGCUCUGGAGCUCCGAUCAGCGAGCAUCCCUUUACUCGGACGGGGCUGCUGGGCUUCAUCGGCCCGGGUGGGCUGGUCUUUGUAUGCGGAAAGAUGGAUGGUCUGAUGGUGGUGAGUGGGCGGAGACACAAUGCGGACGAUAUCGUUGCCACGGCGCUGGCAGUGGAGCCCAUGAAGUUUGUGUACAGGGGCAGGAUAGCGGUAUUUUCCGUCACAGUCCUGCACGACGAGAGAAUUGUGGUGGUGGCCGAGCAGAGGCCGGACUCCACAGAGGAAGACAGCUUCCAGUGGAUGAGUCGUGUUUUACAGGCGAUAGACAGCAUCCACAAUGUGGGGGUGUUUUGCUUGGCUCUGGUGCCCGCUAACACCCUUCCCAAGACGCCUCUAGGAGGAAUCCACUUGUCGGAGACCAAGCAGCUGUUUUUGGAAGGCUCCCUGCACCCCUGUAAUGUUCUAAUGUGCCCUCACACCUGCGUCACCAACCUGCCCAAACCCCGACAGAAACAGCCAGAGAUCGGUCCUGCCUCUGUGAUGGUGGGGAACCUGGUGUCUGGGAAGAGGAUCGCCCAAGCCAGCGGCAGAGAUCUGGGCCAAAUCGAAGACAAUGAUCAGGCAAGGAAGUUCCUCUUCCUGUCUGAAGUGCUGCAGUGGAGAGCUCAGACCACACCAGAUCAUGUGCUCUUCACCCUCCUCAGCUCCAGGGGAACGGUCCUGAGCUCACUGACCUGUCUUCAGCUUCAUAAGCGGGCGGAGAAGAUAGCGGCCAUGUUGAUGGAGCGAGGCCACCUGCAGGACGGAGACCAUGUUGCACUGGUGUAUCCACCUGGUAUAGAUCUGAUCGCUGCCUUUUACGGAUGCCUGUAUGCCGGCUGCGUACCGAUCACAGUGCGACCACCACACCCCCAAAACAUCGCCACCACCCUGCCCACUGUGAAAAUGAUUGUGGAGGUGAGCCGGUCGGCCUGCAUGAUGACCACGCAGUUCAUAUCCAAACUCUUGAAGUCGAAGGAGGCGUUAGCCGCAGUGGACAUCAGGACGUGGCCACCCGUUUUGGACACAGAUGAUCUGCCAAAGAAGAAGCCCCCGCAACUGUACAAACCCUCCAAUCCUGACACACUGGCUUACCUGGACUUCAGCGUCUCCACAACCGGGAUGCUAGCAGGAGUAAAGAUGUCCCACACCGCCACCAGUGCCUUUUGUCGCUCUAUCAAGCUGCAGUGUGAGCUGUAUCCCUCUCGUGAGGUGGCCAUCUGUCUGGAUCCCUACUGUGGCCUGGGGUUUGUCCUCUGGUGCCUCUGCAGUGUGUAUUCAGGGCAUCAGUCCAUCUUGAUUCCUCCGUCCGAGCUGGAGGUGAAUCCUGCUCUGUGGCUGUUGGCUGUCAGUCAGUUUCGGGUCAGAGACACGUUCUGUUCGUACUCCGUCAUGGAGCUGUGCACCAAGGGUUUGGGCCUACAGACAGAAUCCUUAAAGGCCCGUGGACUUGACCUGUCCCGUGUCAGGACGUGUGUGGUGGUGGCCGAGGAGAGGCCCAGAAUAGCUCUCACGCAGUCCUUCUCCAAGCUCUUCAAAGACCUGGGCCUCCACCCGCGAGCCGUCAGCACUUCUUUCGGAUGUAGAGUCAACCUGGCCAUCUGCCUGCAGCCCCACGGGCUCGGGAAGCUUGCCGAUCAGGGGACGUCGGGACCAGAUCCAACUACAGUGUACGUGGACAUGAGAGCUCUCCGACACGACAGAGUACGGCUGGUCGAGCGAGGCUCUCCACACAGUUUACCCCUCAUGGAGUCUGGAAAGAUUUUACCUGGAGUACGAAUCAUCAUCGCCAAUCCUGAAACCAAGGGACCCCUGGGAGACUCUCAUCUAGGGGAGAUCUGGGUUCACUGCGUCCACAACGGCAGCGGUUACUUUACGGUGUACGGAGACGAGGCCCUGCAGUCCGAUCACUUCAACUCUCAUCUGAGCUUUGGAGAUACUCAGACCGUGUGGGCACGUACCGGUUACCUGGGCUUCCUUCGGAGGACCGAGCUUACGGAUGCAAGUGGAGAACGGCAUGAUGCUCUGUAUGUAGUCGGAGCCUUAGAUGAAGCCAUGGAGCUGAGAGGAAUGAGGUAUCACCCCAUCGACAUCGAGACCUCAGUUAUACGCACCCACAAGAGCAUCAUGGAAUGCGCCGUGUUUCCGUGGACCAACCUUCUGGUGGUGGUCGUGGAGCUGGAAGGUUCAGAACAGGAAGCUUUGGACCUGGUUCCGCUCGUAACUAACGCGGUUCUGGAGGAACACUACUUAAUCGUGGGCGUGGUGGUCGUGGUGGACAUCGGCGUCAUUCCCAUCAACUCUCGCGGAGAGAAACAGAGGAUGCACCUGCGAGACGGCUUUCUGGCCGACCAGCUAGACCCCAUCUAUGUGGCGUAUAACAUGUAGCACGAGCGUCUGUGUAUGGAAGCCUUUGCUGCGUAUGUCUGUGCGUGUUUUGCCGUCUGCACACCACUGGUUUGGCAUUCUACAGCAAAUACCGCAAAACACUUACAGGAAGAACUUUUACAAAGCCAAACUGGCAGAAGGAUUCAAGUCCCCUGAAGGCCAGAAGAAUCGCCUCUGCUUUCGCUUGCGUGCGUGUCGCUUUGUUUUUACGUGAGGUGUUGCGACGCUAUUCAUUUUUAUUCCACCCUACAUGAGCGAAGGGUCAUUUGAAAUAUCUGCAUACUAAACGUGCGUUUUAAGUUUGCCGAUUAUUUGGAGGAACUUGUUGCAAGUAUACAUGAUAUCAAAAACCCUGGACGCAAUUUCUGUCCUGUUAUUUUAAAAAGGUACAAAAACACAUUUGUAUGUAUGUCGCAGCCGUCCUUCAGCAAUUUGCCGGUUUAGUUUUUCAACCUUUGUAAAUGUUCUCCGACAGCAGAAAGCAAAAUAGAAAAAAGACCGUCCCCCAGCUUUUACACUUCCAUGUUUCAUUUCAUUGUACAAAGCUGAUGGCUUAACGAAGUCGGUUGAUAUUGUGUAAUUAUGUACAGAUAAUAGUUCUUAUUUAUUUUGCUCUUUUUAGAAUCGAUGAGCGAAGACAUUCGGAAAUGUUUUCCUCAUUAAAUAAUAUUGCUGAUAUAAAACAUUGUAUCAUCUUGUGUGAGUAGUAUCACAUCAAGCAUAUGUAAAAAUAUAAAUAUACAUACAAAUAUAUAUAUAAAAAAAGAUAAGUAUAUAUGAAAUAAGAUGAUCUCCAAAUCACCAAUGAAACGUUUCUAAUGCAGUACUUCCCACUUGCAUGGUGUCUGUUGGAAACUCAACUGACUGAUCGAUCAACGUUACCCACAAAUAAUACAAACUCAUGUUACACGUGCGUGUAGCUGGAACAAAUGCUUUUUAAUUGAAAUUAAAUCUCCCUUACAGAGCGAAAACAAACCCUAAAAUGUGCCUGGAAUUUUGUUUACGUUGUUUUACAACUUCUGCACCACAAUUCUGCUUGUUUGUUGUGUUAUGUUGCUCCUUGAAUUGAGUUUUUAGCUUUUGUAUUGUUUCGAGUGUUUUCAUCAUUAUUUAUUGCCACGAGCUUUUUACACAAGUGUGUUUUUUGUUUAUCGCUCAUCCAAUGGUUUGUGUAGCCUACUACGAAACAUCGCAAUACGUCUUUUUUUCAGUGGUGUCCGUAUCCUCACAGAAACAUGGCCACGACAGCUUGUCCUUUUAAGUGAGCGUUUUCAUUUAUAAUGCGCCAGACUGGUAUUUUAUGAAAGAUUUACGUUAAUGCCUUCACUUUCUACCCCUCACGUGAAAUGAUGUUUUUUUAAAACGGCUUGUUUUGGAAAUACAUGCCAAAGCCUGCAGACUGUUGACCCGUGCAAUACGAGCAAAGCAUGAAAAAAUGCAAACAAAAAUCGGGUGAAGAGGAAAAGAGAACUGUGCCAUUCUCUACCAUGUACCAGCUGCAUUUCAAUGUGAUUUACAAACAUUACAUCGUAUCAAAUUCCUAUUCAGGAUUGUUCGUAUUAUCACGUCCUGCCUGUUGAUAAAUAUAACGGCAGAUGUCAUCGAUCACGUUAUUUCCUGAAGAUGCAGCGGUGGGAAUCGUACUGCAAUCUGAUAUCAACACCCUCCGGUCUCAGAGGUCGAUUUACAGGCAACCUUUUGAUUUUUGGGGAUUGGUGUAAGACGUUACCGUCUAUGUGGACUGAGUUUACACUUAUUCACAAAGUGACAAUGCAAUGUUCUAUUUUUUUUGUUCUUUUUUUUUUUUAAAUGAAGGAAGUCUUAACAUGUCUGGAAGAUCUAUGCCCGGUUUCACAGACGAGGUUUAAGGCUAGUCCCAGACUAAAAUGAAUGUUUGACCCGUCUUAACGGAAGAAAAAAAACUCACCCUGACAUAUCUUAAAAUACGUCAGUGCCAUUGUUUUGUCUCAAGAUGCAAACCAGUAAUGUUUUUUUCGAAGGCAUUUAGACUAAUAAACUAAGGUCUGGUCCUGGCUUAAACUAAGCAUUGUCUGUGAAACCGGGCCAUGUGGUGUUGCCAUUCCCAUACAAAACGGAAAUCUUUCCCCAAGGAAAAAAUGUGCACAUAACUUUCAACCUGUGAAGUUAAUUCCCUUUUUCGUUGGAAAUCUGGACUUACGUGAGCGAGUCUGCAUGGUGUCUGUAAAUAUCGUUGGUUAGCGAAAAAAAGACAAAAAACAAUUUAUUUUGUAUGGUGCAGGUGUGUUUGAAAUUCUGUUUUGUACACAUGAUUAAAAGUAUUAAAUGACACUUUUAUAGAA